GAUAUACAGCGCCAGCAUUUCCCAUGGUUCCUCCUCUUCGACUACCGCCAUAGUGGUGAACGGAUUGCGAUCCCCGAAAUGGCGUCGCACAAGACCUUCAGGAUCAAACGCUUCCUUGCCAAGAAGCAGAAGCAGAACAGGCCGAUCCCACAGUGGAUUAGGAUGAAAACUGGCAACAAGAUCAGAUACAACUCCAAGAGGAGACACUGGAGAAGGACCAAGCUGGGCUUGUAAACCACUGUUUACUUCAGCAUCCCCCUCCAUCUGUUCCCUGCCAGGACCACCAACUCAUCCAGAGCUGGAGAGAAGCCAUGCUAUCUGGAACAGCAGUCUCUCUUUUGUACAGAUAUUCUGGUUAUGUCCUUGCUAAACAAUAAACAAUUUGUCAUCGAACCAGAA